AGGAGGGAAGGGAUUCAGUCUACAAACGUUGAUCCUGAGAAAUGGAAGCGACCUCCAUGCAAACCGAGCCAACCGCCGCGCCCUCGUCCGUCGUCGCCCAGCCAACGCAAGCGCCAGCUUCGUCGUCAUCCAGCAAGCAGCCAUUCCACGCUGGAGAGACGCGCAUCAAAGAGCAGUACCGCCGUCUGCCCAAGCCGCCAGCACCCGCGGCAGCAGCGCCAGUUGUUGCGCCCGUCGAACCAUCCGCCGCAGUGUUCGUUGCCGCCGAGUCCGCCGCUGCUGCAGGCGUCUCCACGACAUCUGUGCCGAGCGUGCCAGCCACCGAAGUCGAUGACACGGACGCGUUCGACAUGGACGACGCGGCCGAAGGAAAGCGACACCGUGAGGACAGCUCCAACACUGGCGACAACGGCGACCGGAAAAAGUCGCGCGCAGACGGUCAAGGCAACCACCACGGUCGCCAGAAGCGCAACCAGGAAGCAGCACGCGAAGCACGCAAAAACAAUCUGUGCAAGCAGUUCGCCAUCAAGGGCACCUGCUCGUUUGGCGACAAGUGCAGGUUUGUGCACGAGCGCGAGGCCAACUCGGACGCAGUCAUCAGCGACCAGUGCCCCUUCUUUUUGCAGUACGGGCAGUGCAAGUUCGGCCUGGCAUGCCGCUUCCGCUCGGGGCACACGGAUGCCGACAACAAGCCGAUUGUGGAUGAGGCCAAGUGGCUCGCGACGCAGGAGGCUCGAGAAAAGUCCGUUCUCAACGUGCCGCAGCGUGAGGUCUUGUUUGCCACCUCGCGUCGCAAGUACCAGUUUCCCCGCACCAAGGAGAUGCUGCGCAACCUUUCCCGCCAAGGCCAACAGCAGUCUCAGUCUGCUACCACGGCCGAUGCCAGCGCGUCCGCCCCUGCGACGGAAGCUGCUGCUGCUGCUGCGAUAUCCAGCGAGGCUGCCCCUGCCGCUGGUGCAUCCGCAGUAGACGACGGCGCUGCUGAUACGCACACCGAUAUGGACAUUGAUCCCCAGCCCGGUUGCGAUGACUCUGAGGCAUGCCCAGCCGUCGAAACCUCCGCCUCGCUUGCCGCCUCCAUCAUCGCUCCAGAGGACGCUGCUGCAGGCGCCGCUGAUUCCGAGUCUGCAGCCACCGCCGCCCGCAUGGGGGAGGCGCUGCUUUCACACAGCACGGGCGAGCGCGUCCAUCUUCGUGAGAAGAAACUGAUUGACUUUAGAAACAAACUUUACCUCGCACCCCUGACAACGGUUGGCAACCUCCCAUACCGACGACUGUGCAAGGAGUUUGGCGUUGAUAUCACCUGCAGCGAGAUGGCGAUGGCUGUGAAACUGAUCCAGGGUGAGGCGCAAGAAUGGGCAUUGACAAAGAGGCACGCAAGCGAGGAUAUCUUCGGUGUUCAGCUUUGCGGCGGCAAUGUCGAAGUCAUGGGCAACGCAGCCGAGCUGUUGAGCAACCAUUGCGAGUUGGAUUUCAUUGAUGUCAAUUGCGGCUGCCCUAUUGAUCUUGUUGUCGAGCGUGGUCAAGGCUCUGCAUUGCUGUCGCGCCCCUCCCGUCUCGAAACCAUCGCGAAAGGCAUGCUUCAGGUAUCGACCGUCCCGAUCACAAUUAAGCUGCGCACCGGAUUUUCGGAGGAUCGCCUGGUUGCGCAUACCCUUAUUCCGCGUUUGGCCAACCUUGGUGUUUCGCUGGUCACUUUGCACGGUCGCACGCGCGCACAACGCUACUCGCGAUUAGCCGAUUGGCAGUACAUCAACCAGUGCGCCGAGGCUGCACCAACGCUGCCCGUUUACGGCAACGGAGAUAUCAUGUCCUAUCAAGAAGCAAUGGAGCACCGUGAGAAGACCAAAGUCAGCGGUCUGAUGCUUGCUCGAGGUGCUCUGAUCAAGCCGUGGGUUUUCACCGAGAUUAAAGAAUCACGCACUUGGGACAUUUCGUCAGGCGAGCGAUUCGACAUGCUCAAAAAGUUUGUCAACUACGGCCUGGAGCAUUGGGGCUCUGACACUCGCGGUGUGGAAACCACUCGUCGCUUCUUGCUCGAGUGGCAAUCGUUCUUGUGCCGCUACGUCCCUGCUGAGCUUGUUGAGGUUCUGCCACAACGCAUUCACGAACGGCCUCAGCCAUUCUAUGGUCGUAACGACCUUGAGACGCUGAUGGCGAGCCGAAACGCGGCCGACUGGCUCAAACUGAGCGAGAUGCUACUUGGCCCUGUCCCCGGCGAUUUCAACUUCCAGCCCAAGCACAUUGCCAACUCUUAUUCUGGUUGAGGUUGCUUUGAGUUGACGAUCAGCCCCAAAAAUACACAUUCUCAGUUGGA